AUGUCGUCCAAGAGAGGCGGAGUUUCGUUGCCGGAGCGGCCAGGCAGCGGAGGCAGCAAAGGAAUUUUGUCUAGGGUUUCGUCAUCCUUGAAUCAAUCGCCGAUAGUGUACCGCGGCAAGCGAGCCGCUUCGGAGGCCGCUGACGUGGGCAAAAAGCUCCUCAAGAGCACCGGAAAGGCCGCCUGGAUUGCCGGCACCACCUUCCUUAUCCUCGUCGUACCUCUCAUCAUCGAGAUGGACCGCGAGGCCCAACUUAACGAGCUCGAGAUGCAACAGGCUAGCUUGCUCGGUACCCCUCCUCCCGGAAUCGCUGCACCCAAGUGA